AUGGAUCCGUCUGGUCAUUACAGCGACUUUCUCGACUUCAGUGGGUUUGACGCGUCGCAAUCGCUACCGCCAUCCACGCUUCCAGCUCACGGUCACCACCCAGCACCUCCACUUCAAUCUCACUCAGCUCAGCCUGCGCCGGCUCCUUUGGUUCAGCACGAGGGAGGGAUGUUUGACACGACGGGGAUGGUGGAUGGAGAACACUUUAUAUGGCCCAUCAAUGGUGGUGGUGGUGGUGGAAUGCCUUACCCGGACGCGGCAUCGUUCCUGUUCGCGUUGACGUCGAACCGGUCGUCGACUUCGAGUCCGACGAUGAGCCCGGCCGCCCGCAUACAACGACCUCACCCACAACAGCCCGACCAGCAACUGGCACCUUAUCCACCACGUUCGGCUUCUCCUCAUGAUCCAAGUUCGCCCGCCUCGAUCUUGCAGCAGCAGUUGCAACAACAGCAACUUCAGAUGCAGAUGGAACAACAGCAGCAGCGGCAGCAUUGGCAACAGCAGCAGCGGCAGCAUUGGCAACAGCAGCAGCAGCAGCACCAGUCCGCAGCACAGGGACAGCAACUUUUUCGGCCUGCGUCGGGCCCCCCUGGCACCUCUGGUGACGUCGGCACCAACCAAACACUCCUGGGGGGACACCUCGCGUCCCCGGCCGCGCUGUAUCAACAAUCGCUGCAACACCGAGCUUUAAGGAAUCAACACGCUGGAGGCGGGUUGACACCCGGAUCGAGUGCAGGCGUUGCGUCGGCUUGGAACAACCCCUCCCCAGCUUCUUCCACAUCCGCGUCGCACACACCCGCCGAUACGGGUCCCCCACCACCAACGACUACUGCGACCCGUGUGGCCACAUCAUCGAAGAAGGAUUAUCGACCUCCGAAGAAGCAGGCUCGGUUGGUCCAACCACCUCCGCCACCGCCACCACCGCUGGCCGCACAGCCUUUCAUCCGGCCGGCGGUUCGGUACCCCGCUUCUUCUACCCCUGUCGAGUUGAUUUCGGACGCACCACCACCUGCGCCGUCGACCUCGAAUUUGGAGACUCGGUUCUCUCCAACAAAGAGGAAACAAGCUCAAUCCUCUCCUGCAUCACCAGGUUCCGCUUCCAGACCAAGACUACGAAGAACACCUUCGGAUCCCUUGCUGGGUUCGAACAAGGCGCGAUCCGAUCGGGACAAGUUGAGCGCGCUCUUCACACUUCUAGACGAACAAGCCUGGUCCGUCGAAGAUAUGUUGGCCGCUUUGUCGGAUGUACCCUCCGAAGAGACCACGCAGGACGAUGUCGAAUCGAGCGAUCAUCGCAAAAGGAUAAUGCAUUUUGUCCACCGACGAACGAGUGUAGGCAAGACGGCUGAACAGACUCUAGGGCCGGAGGAGAUUUAUCGCAGGUGGAUCGUGGCGAGGGAAGGAGAGGAAGGUGAAGAUAAGGUCAGUCUGUAUGGGUCUUUCAUCAUAGAUUCAAUCCCGUGAUGCUGAUGAGUUCGGACGCGUACUGUAGAUCCUGGGUCUUGACGGGCUUUAUCGAAGCACGGGAGCUGAACAACAUGGCUCGGUAAGCUUUACCUUGUGAAUGCUGAACAGGCAUACUAGUGCGAACCCUGAUCGCCUUGGAUAACAUAUCGCAGAUCAUCCGGAAUAUCUUGACCAAGGAUAGUGUGCCAUACGAGGAGGCUCAAGCCGACAUCAAGGUCAGUUGCAUCUCGGUCAUUUCGUAGCUCGGGAGGGCCUCUGAAGCAAAAUCUUACCCGAGCAGAUGGUCGAUGCCGCCUUGUCCCGAGCUCCCUCUCCACAUACUCUGACCGCACAUAGUCGACAACUAUUAUCACCUACAUCCUCCUCGUCCUAUGUUGGACGCCUCAUUAUACCAUCCGAUCAAGCUGAUAUCUUAGGAGCAUGGCUCAUGAGUCCCGGUCGACCGGCGCUAGCGAACGAGAGGGACUCGAUCACGCCUGAUCAUAUGCGCAUUUACUCGAGUCUAUCGCCGCUUGAGCUGCAUGCCCGAGGAGCCGAGCUAUGCAGGGUUAUCUUGAUGAGGGAUGCGAUCCUCAAGGCGCGGUAUGGAUACCGUGAGUUUUUUGUAACUACACGCUUCGGUCGCUUGCUGAUUUUUCGGACUAUCUGGCGAUUGUAGUCGGAGACAACUUGGAAAGUUUCGUACAGGGCCCAUCCAUCGUCCUUGCCCAGCGAUGCGGCUUCCACGAGUACGACGACUAUAGUUUGUGGCACCACGCCUUGAUGAGCUACUUGCAGAUUUGCACGCGAUACCCGUCGUUCCGAGAUUCAAAGGUGCGUUCCGUCACUGCCGAAAACGCUUUUUUUGACUUCGGGUUCUGACUUUUCAACAAUUUGGACCUUUUCAGCCCGCGACAAUUGACAUCAUACCCGACCAAUCCCUUUUGCCACCGACCUUACUCGAAAUCAGCCUCAUCGAACGAGCCCUGCACGUACACUGGGAGAACUUCCGCCAAUACCUCUUGGGCGAAGGAGGUCUCCUCCGAAGGGCCGUCAAGGCUUUUUCCGGGGUCAAGACCCGCCCUAUGGAUUUGAUGUUGAUUUGUGAUGACGCGAAUGUGGUUAUGCAAGCGCUGAAGAAGAGUCAGAAAGAGGCGGGAGCGGGUGGUAAGUUGUUUUUGACGUCAGGCGUGGAUGACUCGGUGUGGAAAGCUGAGGAUCUGUGUUGGGUAUCGUUUGGCGAUUGUAGAGAGGAUAUUGCCUUAUGAUCCGAGGGUCUCGGAAGCGAGGAACGAAUGGCGACAAUCGGUGCGUUGGUCGUGCACAUUCAUUUCGGUUCAAGCGUUCCAAACAGGAGUUUGCUCAUCGUCGGAUCCCCUUCAAUUAUUUAGGCGUACUGGUCCGAGAACUCGCAUAUCAUGAUGUACGUCUAGACCGAUUUUUCCUCAAAGUUUACCGUCGAGUGACUCUUGCAUCCACUCCCAUCUAGGUGGUCCGCCAUGACGAGUCAUUUCCUCGAAAUCAGUGCCUUGUAUCCGCGGUUCUCUGAAGGAGUCGUAAGCACUUUCCCUGCCGUGAGAAAUCCUAGACCCUGGCAACAUGGAAAGUAAAGCUAACCUUUUGAUUGUGCAUGCGCCCGUUGUAUAGCGAGAUAUCCCCGGCUUGGAAGGUCUGCUCAAUGGGGUUGGGUUGGACAAGUCGACGAAUGGACGCAAUGGAGAGGGAUCGAAUUGA